CUCGAUGGUCGAACGUCUUCGCUCUCGAUACGCAGGCGAAGAGUUGCGAGCUGGGCGGUAUGUCUGCUGCUGCUGCUGCCCUCUUGCUCCUGCUCCUCCUGGACACCGGGCUGAUUCAUCCGGUCGUGGUCGGCGCGCAGGCAGCAGGUGGCCUGGGAGAGGCGCCCGGACCGGGGCUUCUCGGUCGCGCUGUCGGGAGGUGGGACCCGCGCGGCCGCCUUCCAGUCUGGCGUGCUCUGGCGGCUCGCGGAGGAGGGGCUCCUGGGAGACGUGGAGUUCUUGGCCGCCGUCUCGGGAGGCGGCUACCUGGCCUCCGCGCUCGCGUCCCAGAUCGCCGCCGCCUGCGGCCCGGGCGCGGAGGGCAGCCUCCGGGGCGAACAGGCCGCGGGCGCGCUGUACCGCAGGGCGGUUGCGAGGUGCAUCUGCAGGAUGCAGGCGAACGCGGGCGGCUUCGUCCGCGACCCGAGGCAGGGGGGCAGCCCGGGGGCGGAGGGCUCCGGCUGCCUCCCCCGCUGGCUGGACUUCCCGCUGCUGCUCCUCGCGCUCGGGGGCUCCAUGACCUUCAACCCCCUGAUGUUCAUCUUCCUCGUGGUGGUCCCGGUGAUCGAGAUCGUGGAGAACUUCUUCGGGUCGGCCAUGAGGGCUGCCUUCUGCGCCGCAGACCCUCCCCACAAGGGCUACUGGGAGGACUGGGCGUUCGUCGCAGAGAAGAUUCGCGAGAGGUCGAACAUCGUGACCGUGUGGGAUGCCAUGCUCAUCUCUUUACUUCUGACCUUUGUCUGCUGGGUGACGAGCAAAUGGCAGCAGUGCCGCAUGCUCCCGACGACCUCCAAGCGCGGGCGGCGGUCCAGGCCCGUCGUGUCCCGGCGCCUGCUCGUCGCCGACGGCGCCCGGGCCUUCCUGCUGCCUUCACCGUCAUCCUGGGGCUCUUCCUGGUGGUGGUCUACGCGGCCUCGCUGGCGCAGUGGUGGCAGUACGUCAACAUGGCGCUGGACGACUCGGAGGCCCGGCAGGCGUGGUGCGGCGUCUACAUCAACAGCAACGGCACGAAGACCGCCGGCUUUCAGGCGCACCGGCGCUGCAGCGCCCUGAACUCCGAGUACGAGCCCUGGUGGACGGAGGCCGAGUUCAGCGGCUACCGCAGCUGCGACGUCUGGGACUGCUCGGCGGGGCCCGUCACCCCGCCGAGGUACGCGCCCGGGGUGCAGAGCAUCGGGAGCCUGUUCUGGCGCGUGCUGCUGGCGGGCCUGGUGCUCGCCAUCUGCCUCUGGCCGUUCGUGACGGGCCUGGUGUUCUCGUUCCUCUCCGUCGCGGGCCAGUGCGUCGCCUUCUUGCUGCUGGUGCUGUCCGUCCAGUUCCGCGUCUACACCCCGCUCACCGGGCAGCGGCUCCUGGGCACGUUCGAGAUCGACGAGGUAGAGUGGUACUACUUUGUGGGCAUCUCCCUGAUGCUCACGUAUCUGGCCAUCCCCCUGCACAACCACACGGGGUCCUUCUGGCACCAGUACUACCGGCGGACGCUGCGGCUGAACUUCCUGGAGGGCGGCCAGGACCGCUCCCUGGCGGAGGUGCAGAAGAGCCCCUGGUGCCCCAUGCUGCUCCUGACUGCCACGGUCAACGACUACAAGAGCGUGGGCGACAGGUCGAAGGCCAACACGGAGGAGAUCUCCUUCAGCGCGCUGCACACAGGAAGCUACAAGAUGGGCUACUACGCGACGCCGGCGUGGCGGAAGCUCGCGCACGUCACGGCAAUAACCGCGGCGGCGUGCCUGGACACCAUCACCAUCAGCAUGACGAAGAGGACCAGGUACAGGUUCUGGUCAGAAAUGCUCAACCUGAGCUGGGGGGACUACAUCGCAUUCACAGAAGGUCCGUGGUGGUACCGCCGCCUGCCUUGUCUGCUCUUGUACAUCGUGUAUCAGACUCUGCUGACCGUGGGAUUUCAGCUCUCGCGCUCAGAAAUGAGCUGCGGGUUCUCCUACUCGUGCUUGGUGGCUGCGAUGAUGCUCGCCGUAACUGUGCUUUUCCUGAGCUUCUUCACGUUUGCGCGCGGCCUUGGGUUUCUUGCCCACGACCAGCUGCUGCGGAGAUUCCACCAGGUGACGCGGUACUACUACCUCGGUGGUCGCAGUGCCGUUCCCGACGGCGUGCGCGGCGCGCCCGGGCUCGUGUACGUGACAGACGGAGGGGUCUCGGACUGCACGGGGAUUGUCCAGCUCAUGCGGCGGCGCCGCAGGCACAUCCUCCUGGUACUCGCCGCCGCCGAUCCCUUCGACGAGCUCGGUGUACUACGGACUGCGAUGGACGUGGCCGUGUCCGAGAAGAUCGGGAACUUCUACGACCUCAGCGACGAGAGGCGGCACGUAAAGAUCCUGUUGGAGGAGUACCGCUCCCGGGAGGACUGGACGUAUCUGGAGCUCGGCAUCCGCUACGGCUGGCGGUUCGAGGGCUCUGGCGCGCUGGGGCGGCUGGUGGUGGUGAAGAACAGGCUGCCCAGGACCGGCCGGCACGAGCAGCAGGUUUGCCGGCCGCUGCUCACGGAGGAGCGGAUCUGCGGCGAGGCGGACACCGACGACGACGCCCUGAGCAGCGACGACCCCCUCUCGAAGAUGCGAGAGGUCGACCUGGGCGGCCUCGGCUGCUGCGACUGCUGCCACACGCACAGUGCCAACUGCGGUGGCAAGUUCCCCCACCUGGGGUUCACCGGCUACCUGUGGCUCACGCCGACGCUGUUCACAGCCUCUGCCGCCUCGGGUACGCCAUCUCCGAGGACGGGGUCGAGGCGCUCCGGGCGGGGCUGCGGGAGCCCGGGCGCGGGCCUGGCGGAGGCCGGCCAGGCGACCAGCCGAGGUGAGCUCCCGCGUCUCAAUGCAGGCAUUGGGGAGCCGUCGAGGCGCGGGUGCA